UGUACACCGCGUUACGGUCUCUCUCUCUCUCUCCUCGACUUGCCUUCUAUCUAUCGAUCUAUCUAUAAAUACACACCCGCAAGAAGAAAUCGUUGAAUCCGUCCCUUCAUCCAUCCCUCUCUCCUCUUCCCUUCUCUAGGGUUUCCAAAUCCACACGCAAAUUUAGAUCGGACCUAAAGAUGUUGGAACAGUUGCUGAUCUUCACGCGGGGCGGGCUGAUACUGUGGGAGCUCGGCAACGCGCUCAAGGGCUCCCCGAUCGACGCCCUCAUCCGAUCCUGCCUCCUCGAGGAGCGCUCCGCCGACGCCGCCUUCCACUUCGACGCCCCCGGUGGCGGCGCCGCCUACACCCUCAAGUGGGCCUUCGACAACGACCUCGGUCUUGUCUUCGUCGCCGUUUACCAGCGCAUCCUCCAUCUCCUUUACGUCGACGACCUCCUCGCCGCCGCCCGUCGCGAGUUCUCCCAGAUCUAUGACCCCAAGCGCACCUCCUAUGGUGAUUUCGAUGAGAUCUUCCGCCAGCUCCAGAAGGAGGCCGAGGCUCGGGCGGAGGAGAUGCGGAAGUCCAAGCAGGCCGGCCGUGUCCCCGUUGCGCCCAGCAAGAAGCAAGCCCCUGGUGGCGCCGCCAGGGGCUCGGGGAAGCAACGAAGCAGUGGUGGCGGCGGCAAUGGUGGUGGUUCCGGGAAAGAUGAGUCUGAUGGCGAUUCAGGAAAGGGGCGUUGGUUAGCGAAUGGUAGUUCGAACGGGCAAGAGAACGGAAUUAAGGAGAAUUCUCGCGCCCCAAAUACUGUUGUAAAGGGAAAAGAGAACGGAGCCCCAGACAUUGGGGCUUUCGAUGUAAAUAAGCUACAAAAGUUGCGAUCCAAAGGUGGGAAGAAGUCGCAUACUGGUGGCGGUGGCACUAAGGCUGCCAAGGCAGAGCCGACGAAGGCUGUGAAGAAAAAUAGGGUUUGGGAUGAUUCGCCUUCCGAGUCAAGACUGGAUUACACGGAUCCAGCGAAUGAGAGAGGGGAAGGGCAUGCCGAGGUUGUGGCAGCAGAUCAGGGAGAGAGCAUGAUGGAUAAAGAGGAAGUCGUGAGCAGCGACAGUGAGCAUGAGGAAGAUGAGGAAUUGGAGAACGAGAAGCUUGGCAUCAAGAAGAAGGGGUGGUUUUCGUCUAUGCUUCAGAGCAUUUCAGGCAAUGCUGUGUUAGAGAAAUCUGAUUUGCAACCAGCACUGAAAGCUCUCAAGGACCGGUUGAUGACUAAAAAUGUGGCUGAGGAAAUUGCUGAAAAGCUUUGUGAAUCAGUAGCAGCUAGCCUUGAAGGGAAGAAGCUGGGCUCCUUUACAAGAGUUUCUUCAACAGUCCAGACAGCUAUGGAAGAGGCGCUUCUUCGCAUUUUAACUCCAAAGCGGUCCAUUGACAUUUUGCGGGAUGUCCAUACUGCUAAGGAGCAAGGAAGACCUUAUGUUGUUGUUUUUGUUGGUGUCAAUGGAGUUGGGAAAUCUACUAAUCUUGCCAAAGUUGCAUACUGGCUUUUGCAACACAACAUUAAUGUCAUGCUGGCAGCAUGUGAUACAUUUAGGUCAGGUGCUGUUGAACAGCUCCGCACACAUGCACGCCGACUCCAGAUUCCUAUAUUUGAGAAAGGCUAUGAGAAAGAUCCUGCAAUUGUAGCUAAGGAAGCUAUCCAGGAGGCUAAACGCAACAAUUCAGAUGUUGUUCUUGUUGAUACAGCUGGCCGUAUGCAGGAUAACGAGCCACUCAUGAGGGCACUCUCCAAGCUCAUCAAUCUCAACAACCCAGAUCUGGUUCUUUUUGUCGGAGAGGCAUUGGUAGGAAAUGAUGCGGUGGAUCAGUUAACAAAGUUUAACCAGAAAUUAGCGGACCUGUCCACAGUUCCAAACGCCAGGUUGAUCGAUGGCAUCCUGCUCACCAAGUUCGAUACGAUUGACGAUAAGGUUGGGGCAGCUCUUUCCAUGGUUUAUGUUUCUGGAGCUCCUGUGAUGUUUGUUGGUUGUGGCCAGUCCUACACAGACCUUAAGAAGCUCAAUGUCAAGUCCAUUGUCAAAACUCUGUUGAAGUGAAUGUAAUCUGUUUGCUCUCUCAUCAUCGUUUGCUACUCCUCCAUGAGUUUUAAAUCUCCCAUGACCUCAUUCCCUUGACGUUGGAAACAUACGAAUUAUAUAAUAUCUUUAGGUUUGGAUUCA